UUGUUUUGAACCAACGGUGGUUGGAUAGUGCGUGCUUGGAAUGGAAGAAUAGUUAUAAAAAUCACACAUGCACGGUGCCAAAAGAUAAAGAAUGGAGUCUAUAUGGAUUAAUGCCGCAAAUACUUGGUACUAAAGGUCCUAUUUAUUGUAAUCGUUCAUUAUUAUUCGACCCUGAAGAAAUAGAUUCGAUAAAAAAUGAUCUUGAAGCCAAAUGGAAAACCGUAGACGAUGAGGUAAACUCUAGCUCAAUAUGGCAAGCAAGUUGGGAGAGAUUUGGCACUUGCGGUGUCACAGUUGAUCAGCUUAACGAUCAGUUUAAAUAUUUCAAUAAAUCAAUGGAACUGUAUGACAAAUAUAACAUGAAACGUAUUUUGAGUGAGGCCAAUAUUACCCCGGGAAAUAAUUAUACCGCGCAGGGACUUUUGGAUGCUGUAGAAAGCGGUUUGGGCAAACGGGCGAGAAUUUUGUGCUCUCGUGACCGAAAGAAGAAAAACCAUUACUUACUUUCGAUCUACACAUGUUUCGAUACAUCAUUCAAUUUAAUUAAUUGUGACGAAAUAAGUAAUUUUCUAACAAACUGUCCCCUCAAGAAGCCAAUUACUUAUCCAAAUUUUGACGAAAAUUUUAUAAAUAAAGUAUAAAUUUUCUAGUAUACGAAAAGAAGGAAAAAAUAUAGAAAGUGAAAAAAAAAGGAGAUAAAAGUGUGCAAUAAACAUAAAAUGUAAAACUUUAUAAGACAUAAUGUCGUAAAAAUAAAGCCCAUUAUUAUUAUUAAUAUAAUUAUUAUAAAUAUAUAAACAAUAAAAUAGUCAAAUAU